CGACAGCAGACUGCUCUGACUAAUACACAGCUAUUACACGUCUACAACACAUUUCUCCCGCUCACUCAGAGAAUCCACACGUCACCGUCUCCGUCCGUCAGAGAAUCCACACAUCAGUGGGGUCGUAUGCUUCAGAGGGGGGCUGGAUGUGUCACAUGGUCAAACAGGAAAUGAGGCGGUGUUUACUUCCUUUCACAGCCGAGAGAUUCCUUUUAUCUACAUUCCAUCUAGUUCAGGCUUAAAAGUUUUCAGAUUUUUCUAAAAACAAAGAAAAGUGAGAAAAUGCAGAUGAGAAACAGGAUUAUUGGAGCUGUGUGGAGUAGAGUGAAAGUGAAGAGGAGAUUAAUCAUGAGUUUUCAGCCCUAAAGGGAGGAGUUCAUACACACUGAGUGCAGACAUGGAAAUAAACACACACCCACGAGAUCAGCUGACUAUUACAGUCCAUACACACAAGUCUACGUCUUUAAGUCUCGAAGUCUAAGUUAAGUCUUUGAUUUAAACUCACACCAUUCCACUUCAUCAAAACACAGCAGAUCAGAUGGAAGCUCAGGAAAGAAGCCAUGGAGACAAACAGUUCAAAAAGAUGUCAUGAGAAAGGCUCAGGGAUGACUGGCAAAAGAAAAUACUUCAUAAACCAAGCAAGAGCUGGGAAAAGUAAAGAAACAGCAAUAAAAGUUGAAAAUGAAGAAGAGGAAGAGUCUGUCAGUGCUGACGAGGAGCCCGAGCCACUCAGUGUGGAUGAAUAUCAGACGCUUCUGCAGCUGUUAAAGAUUAACCUGCCUGAAGAAGCUCUAAACCCUGAGGUCUGCGAACGCUCAACACACCGUGACGUUAUCAAAGAUUCAAAAGCAGUUGUACGGGAGCUGAGAAACGCAAAACUCACUGUCACUGAAACACCUCGUCUGUCAUGCGUGGAUGUCAAACAAGCUUACGGACUGAAAGAGAGAGGAAAGAUAACAGACAUCGUGCAGAUGUUAUUUUUUAAAAAAUGUAAAAAAGCCUCAGAGAAAACCUUAAAGGAACGGUGGGAAAUGAAGGCUCCUGGAACCGGCUGCAUGUUCAGGAUGAGAGACACGUAUCAGGAGACGCCGAUCUCCACUCCUGAAAAGCUGGUCAGUUCCACAGGCGGGGGAAGAGCUUGGUUUGGGAAACCAGAAGACAACAAAAAAAAUGAAACAGACUGCUUCAGUUUCUUCCUCAACCUCAAGGGGCUGGAUCCAGAAGAUGUGACCUACAAACGUGAAUAUAAGGUGGAAUCUGGGUUUAUCUCUGGAAGGCUGCACUUUUUAUUAGAUUUUACAAAUCCAGCUGAAAGCAGUGAAAUGUCACUGAGAGAGAAAAUCAUCAUUGAAUGUAAAGGAACAAAAGGCAGCAUGGUGGGAGACGUGUUCACUUUACCGCGUGACGAAGGUCAUGAAGCUGAAUUAAACACGUCCCAUGAGUAUUAUUAUCAAACUCAGGCCUACCUGCACAUCCUGAAAAAGAUACUAAAUCCAGUUCCGGUGAGAGCUGUGAUGGUGGUGAAAGUCACUGCUGAAGAUACAAACCCAAAGUUCUACUGGGGCCGAGUGAGCGACGACACGGAGCGCAUCAAGGAACUGGACGGUUUCUGCCGACAGGAGGCGCUGCCUCGAUUCCUGGCUGUUCUCAACCUCAUCUUUCAGAAAGUGAAGGAACAAGGACGAGCCAGAGCGAUGGAAAGAGAAGAAAAAAUGGAAAGAGGAGGAGCCGGAGCGAAAGAAAGAGAGGAAAUGAUAGAAAGAGGAGGAGCCAGAGUGAUGGAAAGAGAUGAAAAGAUGGAAAGUGGAGGAGCCAGAGCGAAAGAAAGAGAGGAAAUGAUAGAAAGAGGAGGAGCCAGAGUGAUGGAAAGAGAGAAAAAGAUGUGUAACCCUCUGGAAAUUUAGAAAAAAAAGCACUCAUUUUUAUUUUUUUAUUUUUUGUUUUAUUUUCUUAUUUCCGGUAAGAAAUGUAUAUUUUUGUGUUAAAAGAAUGUAAAAGUGAUAUUUAAAGGUAAAAUGAUAAAUUAGUCGGUUUACUUACCUGUGGGAGAGCCAAUCGGCGGUCAGAGUGAGAGGUCGGCCAGAAAACGAGGAGGAGAGAGAGGAGCAGCAUGGUGGAAAAAGGUGAUGGCGGGAAAACAUUUUCGGCGGGAAAAGAAAAGAUGCUGGUUGAUGGAAGUGUGCGAGAUAUACGGACAGUGAGUCUUGUGUUGCAGUUCACGUUGACUCAGCAAACUAUUGAAAUGAAGAGGACUCUGGAAAAGUGUUCAACCAGAAGUGCAGCUAGAAGCUACAACCCCGAUUCCAAAAAAGUUGGGACAAAGUACAAAUUGUAAAUAAA